UCAUUUCUAUUGAAUAACAUUUAAAUUAAACAUGUACUCGUGGAUCCAGGUAGCUCGAUCAACGUAAUCAGGUCAAAGGUGGUAGAACAACUCGGACUGCUCGAUCAGAUCAUCCUACCUCCCGAGUCCUCAUCGGCUUCAACAUGGAUGGCGAAGCAAUGAAGGGGGAGAUCACCCUCCCGGUCAACAUGUCUGGUGCUGUUUAGGACGCCAAUUUCCAUGACAUGAGGUACAGUGCAUUGCUUGGCAGGUUGUGGAUACACAACAUGAGGGCAGUAUCGUCCUCUCUACAUCAAAUGAUGAAGUUUCCGACAAAGGACGACAUAAAGACAAUAUAUGGAGAACAGCACGCGGUAAAGGAAAUGUUCGCGGUCCACUGAGAGGCAUCAAAUUCUAUACACUCUACCUCAGAAGAGCCGGGAGGCAAACAGACUCCCGAGGAAGAUUUCCUCACUCCCCGAACUUUUGUUGCCCCCGAAGAAUCAGAUGCAACAAAGUCGACUAUUGAAGAACUAGAGCAAACUGUUUUGAUUGAACAUCUCCCAGAUCGAAAGGUUUCUUAAGUUGUUGGAUUGUGAAUUUGGGAGGAAUAAGAUGAUCUUGAUUUUCAGAUAUUGGAUUCUGGGAAUGCCAAUAGUAGAAGACUGUAAUAGCUUGAGUUAUUUGAGCGUUCUCUAGCAUUUGGUUACUUAAUUGGAGAUAUUUUUGUUAUUCUCGUUUAAAAUGGAAAGGGGAGUUGGUUUUUGGGCGUCUCCGAGAGGUCAAAUGGAGGGUGUUGUCUCGUUUGAUGCUAGUGCAAGGUCUUCAAAUGUCGAUGAUUCAUUCAACAAUGUUAUGGAGAUUAUGAAUCUUGAUGCUUACACUGGAUGGUGCACUAGCCCUAGUGCAGCAGAGCAGAUGUUUGCCUCUUAUGCAGCAUUUUCGCAAAUGAAUUCCAUGUCUCAAAGUUAUGCACCGUUUGAAGGAUUGAGUUACGCAGAACAAAAUACUGGAACAUUUCCUCCAAUGGAUGCCAAUAUGGUCGGAAGUACUGUUUGUGGAGGAGAGAAAAUGAUGUUCGGGCAAAAUGAUGAGCAGUUGCAUUUUGUGGUAGAUUCAACUGAUGGGGUCGGCUUGGUAGCUAAAAGAAGUAAAAAUUCAAGCCAGCAGGCUGAUGAUGCUGAUAUUGGCAACUCUAUGAUCGUAAGGUCACCUUCUCAACCACUUGCUGAGAGAAUGCUUAGGGCGUUGGCAAUGUUUAAAGAGUCAUCUGGUGCGGGAAUUUUGGCUCAAGUUUGGAUUCCAAUGAAGAAUAAGGAUCAGUAUGUCUUGAGCACGUGUGAACAGCCAUAUCUUCUUGAUCAGGCACUUUCUGGCUAUCGAGAGGUCUCUNGGGGGUACUUUCCUUUCUUUGAGGCAUGA